AGCACAGCUCACUUUCAUUUGUGCUGACAAACUCAGAUCAUUAUUGUUGUAAAAAGGAAGAUGGCAAAGGUUUUGAUGGCCUCAAAUUCAAAGACAGAUUUAUGGAACAUUGUGAGUAUUGCCCUCCUCAUCGCUGCAGGAGCCUGGGCCCAGAGUGUUACCCAGAGACCUGAUGAGGUUGUGUAUAAACUGGCUCAGGAUGCCUCGUUUGACUGCCAGUUCAUCCACACUCCAGACCAGCAGGUGGCAAAGAAUCCCAUUCUCUACUGGCAUCAAAUUACCAGUAGAGAAAGUAAGACCGAAAUGACAAGACUGUGGCCUGACCCAGAGUUAAUGUACAAGGAUCGUGUGGAGGUUCUGGACAGUGACCGCAACUCACCAAACAGAUCUGUACUUCUGAAGAAUGUCCAGUGGGAGGAUAGCUGUGGAAAGUAUGAGUGUAAACUUUCUUAUUGGGCCGCCGGACAAGCUAAGAGGACGAAAGGGAGCGGCGUUAAGCUGCUGAUACAUGAUUCCAUGUUCUUUGGACUUGACCCUGAGAAUAACACCAAACUCAUGUGUGCUGUGAAUGUUUCCCGGGAUGAUCGGUUUGUUUUAUCCUUGAAACAAGACGGAUAUAAAGUAUUCCAAAAGAACACGGAUCCUCUUUACCCCAACAUGCCACUGUCUAUUACCCUGUCUGUGAUCCUCCCCUUGGAGAAGGGCAUGAACUAUGAGUGUCAAAUCCACCUGGGCUCCACCAUGAUAAUGAGGCAGCCCUUCCAACAGCCGUUUGAGAUGGCAGUAGAGAAGGUGCUUCCUCAACCAGUUUUCCUGUUUGUGGCCAUCCUCCUGGUCCCCAUCACCGUGCUCCUGGCUCUGCUCACAGCCCUUCUUGUCCUAUGCAGAUCAGACAGGAGACAGUAAGACUGACGGCUCCACUGGCUCAUUUUACCACACAUUGAAAGCCAUUCAUGAAAGUGGUGGAUGUUUUAAUUAUUUUCUGUCGUUCUUUUAUCAAAUCAAGUUUUUCGUCACACUCUUAUUUGUUUUGUUAUAAAAUUAACUUUACAAUGUGAUGAGAGGAAUUGUAACUAUUUUGCUUCCUCACUGUGGUUUUCACAUCCUUCUUUAAGUACCUUGUUUCUUAUGCCCAAAAGGGGAAAAACAUUUUAAAAAGAAUGUAGUCAUUCAGAUUAAAGAGCCUUUUUCAUAAUCACUAUCAAUUUCAUUACUGCAAAAAGCUUUAGUAUUAGAGGUAGCUCUGAACCUGUGGACACUGACAGGUAUUGAGAAGAUAAUCUUGAUGAUAAUCUUGAUAAUC